GAGGGACCUCAUGCUAUCUUGAUACUGAUUUGCUCGUAGUAGUUGGCAUGACGAUGCUGUCUUCUCUGAUGGUUCAGACUUGCGUUGAAUUCGGUUGAUCGGGGCAAAGCAAACCGAGCGCUUGUUCAAAUACACGAGGAUCCAAUUCUCAUUGCAACUCGUGGACAGAUCACCCCAUCUCUGUAGACCCUCUCCAAUCUCAAAACGCGGGGUCGACAUUUUUACAUUAUUUCCUUCUACUUUGUCACCAGAGACAUCGUUUUGAAGUCGAAUAUUCUCACAAAAUGAGUCUGUUGACAUUGUUUGCGGCGGACUCCGCACGGCCGUUGUGGGACAGCGAACCCAUCGAUGGGGCAUUUGAAAUCGACCUUCCACAAGGGACUAUCGACCAAGGAGUUGUCAAAGCAGUCUCAAGACCAUGGUUAUUUGGCUAUAAGCCAACGACGAAGCCCAACGGGCGCGCGGUGCUCAUUCUGGGUGGCGGCGGUUACAUCGAGCUCAUGGUGGGCCGUGAAGGUGUCGCCGUCGCACGCUGGCUCGCUUCUCUCGGCUUCGAGGCCUUUGUACUUGUACACCGAUUCCCGACAGCAGAAACAGGACCCCAAGCUCCCGUUGAAGAUGCCAGACAGGCGUUGCGUCUGAUCGAAGAGAAGGCGGCGCCAGCGAGGUUAGCGUUGUGCGGUCUGUCCUCCGGCGGACACCUUGCGUCCGCGCUGCUGGCCGAGUACCCGGCUUCGUGGGCGUCUUCUUCCGGGCCACCGGUGCCGAAGCCGGAGUUCGCCAUCAUUGGAUACGGACCUAUCUCUACCAAUGCCAAGGGGCACACCAUUAUCCCCAAUAAGGCGCCCCUCGAGCCGCCGGCGAAGCAGGAGCUUUACGAUGUUGUCAUCCCCGAUCAGCAGAUUUCGCGCCCGGCACCGCCAACUUUUAUUGUGUAUUCUGCCAGCGAUCCCGUGGUGCCUGUGGUGAACGCAUACCGGCUUGCGCAGGGGUUGCAGGCAGCGGAGGGGUCUGUCGAGCUCCACGUUUUUGCUGACGCGCCCCACGGCUUCGCUUUGGACACUGAAGGGUUGCCGGUCUCGAAAUGGCCCUCAAUGGCCGAGGAGUGGUUACGGCAGAGAGGAUAUCUGGCAUGAAUAUUUGAGAAGUAGUAAAAUGUCAAACUCUGCAGUACAUUUAGACCAUUUACCUACUUGUUGUACAUGAAGCUUGCAGAGGA